AUGCCAUCCGAUUUGAACCACCAACACGGCCAAAGCUUAAAAAGGCUACUGGAAAAGAUAGGCUUAAUUGUACCGUAUGAACUGGCUCCAGGUGUCAUAACGUUUCUAACAUUUCUUGGUUACAAGAUUAAAGCGCUGUGGACACCGAAUACCGACUACACGAUACGCGCCGCUAGCGACUAUGAGAUUCCGUUUGUUGCCACGCAGCCGGACGAAGUAUUGUUGCGAAAGGACGUGCAGUUGGUCAUUAUUACAGGAUAUCCGUCGAUGACGCCUCAGGUGAUAACCAAAGCUUUGGGUGUUGGGAAGCACGUCGUCUGUGACGUACCGUUGGCGAUGAAUGGGGAUCACUUAGUGAAGAUUAUCCAAGCGGUUGAAUACUAUCCGCAGCUAUUAGCUUUUAACUGUUACGGCAUGCGUGCCAUGAACAUAUACAAAGAAGCGAAGCGACUAAUCGGCAAAGGCCUAAUCGGCUCAUUGAAUGCGUGCGAGGUGAAGGUUAAGUCCGGUUCACUGAGCUGUGAUCAGUACAACUGGACACACGAUCGCCAUGCCGGUGGUGGGGUGUUGAACCUGGUCGGCAGUCACGUCAUCGAUCUUCUGACGUACCUGUUUGACCGACGGGCAGUGAGGGUUAGCGGUUUCGUUCAGUGCAUUCCGUUGUCGGACGCAUCGAAUGCGUCCGCGACCGACGUGAGGACGCGAACAGUAUACCGGAAGACAUGUGCCGACAAUUUCGCGUGCUUUGUUCUGCACUUUGACGGAGAUUUUUACGUUUCAGUGACGUUGAAUGCCCUUGGAUCGCCUGACUAUUUUCAAGAGGUGCUCAUAUGCGGCUCCGUUGGGCAGCUGGUCGCUCGUAACACGAGCUUAUUUUACGUGGAUCUUGCCGAUUCUAGCCCAGUGGAGCAGUUGGUAUGUUCAGAGUCGCCGACGUGUCAAGAAGUGCCUUUUGAUUAUGACGAGUGCAGUGACCCGCGCAAGCGUCCGUCACAACAUUUUUUAAUUUUGUACCGGCUGACGUUCAUGAAGUCGUUGGAGGUUUUGCACCGGUCACUGUUUGACUCCGAGGCCCGUACCGCUGACACAUCCAGCGCCCUCAGUCAUCACGGCCACAUCGGUGAUUUGACUAACUUUAAUGACAUGCUUUACGUGAAGUCCGUCAUUGAUGCCAUACGCAAGUCUAACGACAAAAAAGAAUGGAUGAAAAUUAGCUCUUGA